CUAUAUAUUACAUCCAUUUUAAGUUAAUUUCUUCAAAUAUACUGUGAAAACGUCCUCAACACUUAAGCGUCUUAACGCGAUGGUAUCGAAUUUCAAACAUUCCUGUCAACAGUAAAAUAACCUCAAAAUUUUUGCUUUCUACAAACAUUAAUAUACUAUUGAUAAUUCUGAUAAAUAAGCAAAAAUGUCAUCUGAUGAAGAUGACUACAUGUCUGAUAAAUUCCUAGCAUCUCUAAGUUCCAAUGUGGGCUUGCCUAAAAGGAAGCAGGAUCAAAGGCAGCAUGAGAUGUUUAAGAAAAAGAUCAAGUCAGUGUUACCUAAGAAGGCAGAGACUGAGGCAGCUGCAAGGGAAGCAGGCUUGAAGAAUGCUAUAUCAGAAGACAACAAGGGAUUUAAGAUGUUACAGAAAAUGGGAUACAAGCCAGGAAGUGGCUUAGGCAUUCGUAAUACUGGAAUUAUUGAACCUAUCAAUGUUAUUGUAAAGACUAACAAUUCUGGUGUUGGUGCAAAAAGUUCAAUCCGUAUAAAAAAAGAAAAGAAUCGACAAAUAAAAGAGGAAGAAGCAAAGAAGUUGGAAGCAGAAUUUAGGAAGGCCAUACAGGAAAAAUCUCGUCUGAAAUCACUAUUCACAUUCUUUAGGAAAGCCCAAACUGCAUGUGAACAUUUGGAUACAAAUGAGGAUCUGAUGGAACCAAUUGUUGAUUUCUAUUGGCCAAUCAAGAUAAAGGAAAAAGAGGAUGAUGAGGAACAGGUGAAAGAUGAGGCAGAUUCAACUGAUGAAGAGGAGGAAGAGAAUGUGAUCACUGAAGAGAACCUACUGAAAUUAACGGAAUAUUUACGUUCGAGACAUUUUUACUGCAUCUACUGUGCUAGCAAGGCAGAUGAUCUCGAAGAUCUGGACUCCUUCUGCCCCGGCAACAGCGUCGAAGGACACAAUACUGAUUACUGAAUGUCUCGAUGACGAAAUUGAUUAUUCGUCACUAAUGUGUAUAUUAUCCGAGCUCUAUUUCCUAUGAAUUAAUUCGUAUGGAUUACAUAAUUCAUCGAGUGUAGUUCAGGUGUUUCCAAGAGUAAUAAUUAAAGUGUAUUAUCGGGAAA